AUGUUAAUUGAUCUCGCAAAAUGUUUCAAUAAUAUUCAUGAUAAUGAUUUAAUUCACGGUGAUUUUCAUCCUGGUAAUGUCUUAGUAAGUAAUUUAUUCUUUAUCACCGAUAUGGGAUUAUGCAAACACGCAAAUCAAAAACUCACACAAAAUAACGAAGGAAAAUUAUACGGUGUGUUACCAUAUGUGGCUCCGGAAGUUUUGCGUGGAAAAGAUCAUACUCAAGCAAGUGAUAUUUAUGGAUUUGGAAUUAUAGCAUUGGAAGUAAUUACAGGAUUAUCUCCUUAUUAUAAUAUAGCACAUGAUGAAUACUUGGCCAUAAAAAUCUGUCAAGGAUUAAGACCGAUAUCUAAAUAUCAAAUUCCACAAUUACUUUCAGAUAUAAUCAAUCAAUGUUUGGAUGCAAAUCCUUUAAACC